CAAAAAGGUUGUCUAUAAAAACGAGGUAUUGAGAGAAAGACAAAAGAAUAAGGAAAAAAAAAUGGCUUCUUGGGUUAGAACAAUCACUUCUCCAUUCAGAAAAGCUCGUACUUUCUUCAACCCAAACAACCCCCACAGAGACAAGAAAUCCCAACAAGAAGAGCAAGAAGAUCGAAUAAUGGCAUUGCAGGGAGAAGUGAUGGCAUGUGGAUAUGAAGAUGUCCAGGUCAUGUGGUCUAUUUUGGACAAGUCCAAGCCAAGAAACUGCAUUAUUAAUUAGUUUUUAUUUUUCUAAUUAAUACCUCCCUCUUUUUUUUGUAUAUAUUUGCAUUCACAAAAAAAAAAAAAAAAAAAAAAAGAAUCAGAAUCAGAAUAUUCUUGUCUAUGUGGCUGGAUAAAUUAAUCAGAAGCCCAAAGACAAGUUUGGUGGAAUCCCUGUGAUAAAAAUUAUGAGAAAUCAUGGUGAGAUUUGUGAGUUUAUUUUAUAUUUUGUUUUAUGUAAUAUUGAGAUUAUGUAUGAUGACAUUUUUAAUGUCUCUAAUCCUUUGGUAUUAUGGAAAUGAGUCCCAUUUUUGUGUCAA